AGACGGCAUCUGCUGCUUCGUUUCCACGUUGUCCUGAAUUACGCAUUGAGAUGAAACCAUUAAAAGUUAUACUUGAGUACUCCGAUAAUUACCAGCGGCGAGCUCGUGAAUCACACAUGAGAUUAAAGCACACAUACCGGCUUAUCAGAUAGUGUUUAAUUUAAAGAGGAAAACAAAGAGCUACGAGUCCUGCACCACAUCAUGAAAAGUGAGAAAUCACGAUGUGCGAUUAACGGCAUCUGCGCACCGCAUGAACGCAAUAUUCAUCAGGCGAAGCUCUUAAUCGGUACUGCUCCUGCUCAAAAUACAAAAAGUAUAUAUAAACAGUGCACAUAUUACAAAGAUAAUAUGUUUGGACCCGCUCAGGUGUGCAGUGCGUUAGUGACUUGCCGCGGCACAUCGAAAUUGGCCGUGUAGAGCGUUCUUCUUGGCACAAAUACACCAUUUUUGCACCAUGAGCUGCUCGGCCAGGAACCGAAAGCGGAACAGCGGCAGCACGCUGGACGAAUACGACAAGGUCAGCACUUUGGCCAAUGCCGAUGAAACCGAGUGUACAUCGCCGGAUCCGGGGCGGGAGCCGCAAAGCAACGAACCGGAUUCGCAGACGGAGCCUGAGCCGGAACCUGAGUUUGGCCAUUUGAAUGAGACGCGACGGAAGAUUCACGAUGCCAUUGCUGCUUUAAAUGAUGAUAGCUUCGAUAAGCGCAUGGCCCGGUUGCUCAUGCAGUACGAGGGCGCCAUUCGGGAAGAGUUCGAGCGGGCACAGUAUUUGCCCCUGAAGUGCCGCAAGUUGGCGCGAAUCCUAACCGGUCUCACGGAUGUCAUCCACACCAUGGUUCAGGGUCGAGCGCUGCAGCGGGACGAGGGAUACAGGCAACGCAUGUGCAACAUUGUUGGCUUCUACAUAUCCUGCGAACUCUGCUCCGCACAGGAGCCGGUGGAAAAGGAGGAGAUCAUCAUCAACCGGAUCAACAGCUGCCUGAAGCUUUAUGUGGAGUACGGAGAUGGUGGCGCCGGCGUCCACCGGGAGCACGUGCUGCGCACUCUCCUCGCUGCACCCAAGCUCUUCAACAGAGCCAGCAUUUUGUCCAUGCUGUACAGCCGCCUCUUUCCCCACUGGUCCAUGCCCAGCGUUAUGAUUCAAGCAGAACUGCCAGAUAAACUCUACAUUGAAUACAUACUCAUAUUUUACUACUGGCAGCGUCUGGUGUCGGAUGAGUCAGUCAAGGAGCGCAUAGUGGAGUUCGCAGAAAAGUUUAUGCGACCCUCAAGAUCGCUGGCCCUAAAAAGUGUCUAUGCCCACUACUUGCCAAAGUUUACGGACCAGAAUGCGGCCACGCGCACCAUAUUGAAUCAUCUGCGAAUGAGCAGUUGCACCAGUUUGCAUGUGGUCAGCAAGGUGGACAAUCGACCGCCCCAGUCCAACGAAGUGGUUCUCAGCUCCGAUGACGAGGACAGCUGCCCGAUGUGGGACAUAUCGGGUACGCCGACAUCAUCAAUGAACAAUCAUCCGCCCGUUUUCCUCCAGAAUCUCUGCCAGAAUGCUCGCCAGUUGGAGCCGUGCAAAAGGGCCAAUGCUCUGUUUAGCGGCAUUGACAACUCAAUAGAAAUCGUAGAGCUGCGCGACUCUGACGACGAUGUGGAGAUGUUUUCUGUUAACUUUAAUGUGCCUGCCAACGUGGAUGGCAUCAAUUCGAACUCCAACUCCAACGAUUCGGCCAAUCAGACAUCGACAACGAUCCUCGGCGAGGACGACUCCGUGCCCGUCACUCGCAUAUAUCCCAGCAACCUGCGGACUUACGAAAGAGCUGUGCUUCCACCCACUACCUACACGGUGCCGCGGAUUGUGAACAGCUAUAGUUGCCGCCGGGAUAGUCUCCAUUUGGUGUCCACCACGGCGCCACAUCUUGUCGAUCAGUGUGUGCAAACGUUGGACGACGAGGAGCCGGAUCUGGUGGAGGACGAUCAAUACUCAGGCGCACACAGCCACGGCUUCUUCCCGCGAAGCAGCAAUGCCAGCGAUGCCAGCGGACAACGAACACCACUUUACCACUGCCGUCAAACUUCUAGUCAAAACAGCAACUGUAGCGAGUCAUCGCUGCUCAAGAAACAGGUUACCUUCAGUCCCCGGCACUUGGGCGCGACUACGCCGAACGCCAAGACAGGGGCAUCCAAAAAGCCAUCCAUUAAGCAGUACAAGCCAUCUUCGUCCAACGGCACAGAUUCAUAUCGAUGGAAAGAGGAGCAUCGAAAAGCCAGUGCGAAAAUGUUCGCCAAACUGGACGCCAAGAUCAAAGCCAGGAGUGAAGCUGCCAGUCAGUUAACGCCUACCACUAGCAACGCCUCCAGUAGCACACCCACAAAGAUCUCGGCCACACCCACCCGCAUCCGGAACACGCAACGAGGACAACGAGUGGCGUUGCCCACGCCGCCAGCUUCAACGCACAGUUCGAGUAGUCCCUGCCAGAUACGAAGUGCAUCAACUGACAACCAUAACUCAAACGGCGAUUUGGAUUUCAGUCGACGCCUUUUCUCCAAGGCAGCGGGCGAUGAAGUGAGCUACUACAAUCACCUGUUAACCCUGCAGCGUGAGAAUAUUCGACGACGUAGGUUGAAUAAUCAGAAAAAGAAAAAGAAUCGAAGAGUAAGCCAUAAGUUGCAAAAUGAUGAUAAGCUUAGUAUGCUUAAGCAGGCCACAAAGCGAUGUCGGAAGCUUCGCGCCUCAAAUGCAAAGCGGAAAAUAGAGGUACAGCAACUGGAGCAGGAUCUCGACACCAUUCGGAAAUCUGCGCCGCAUAAAUUGCCUAUAAUAAGACUGAAACGUUGUAAUCUCAAGAGCCGGACUCGGUCACUCAGAGCUGAAGAAGCUCCUACUGUCCAAGAUGGUAUAUGUUGUAUCAAUUCUGAUCGAGAGUUAGAGGAACAAAGAAAGGUGCAGAAGCCUAAAAGAAAGCGACACAAAAAAGAGUUAGAGGAACAAAGAAAGGUGCAGAAGCCUAAAAGAAAGCGACACAAAAAAGAGUUAGAGGAACAAAGAAAGGUGCAGAAGCCUAAAGGAAAGCGACUAAAAAAAGUGAAAAAGGAGCUAGAAAGCGGAAAUGAUUUGCGAGAACAAGAAACUAUAACAUCGCAAAUUCAAAUGAAUGAAAAAGAUACAAUUGAGAAACGCCAAGCUCCUGAAGCGCCAAGUGAGCAGGAACGAGAGCUCGACCUGGAGCAUCAACAAUUUCUGGAAGAGCAGCUGCUACAAGAGCAACAUCAAUUGGCGAUCCACGAGGAAGAGCAUAACCAUAUGGAUGAUGAACAAGAAGCGCCCGAAGAAGAAGAACUGCUAGAGGAUCAACAACCGCCGGAGGAAACACAUGUGCAUGUCGAGAAUAUAAACUUGGCAGAGAAAGGGCCACCUCUGAUAGAAGAGGAUGAGCAGGAAGCGGAAGAUCAAACUCCAAAUGAGCAGUUAGUGGAAGAUCAGCAUCAGGAAACGGAUCAAAAGGUGUUGGAGGAGCAGCCUCCGGAGCAGAUUGAGGAACUGUCACUAGAGCAGCCUCAGGAGCAGGAAGAGGAACACUCACUGGAGCAGGAAGAGGAACAGUCACUGGAGCAGGAAGAGGAACAGUCACUGGAGCAGGAAGAGGAACAAUCACUGGGUCACGAGCAGUUACACAAGCUUAUUAAGCCAACAAUGAAUGGCAAAAGGCGAAAGCGAAGACGGCGAUUCAAGCGCCCCGUUUGGACGCACGUAAAGAAUAAGAAAAAGAAGCAGUGGCUAAUAGAUUACCCAUUAGAAUUUGAGGCAGAUCCCGCACUAGAUACCUGUUCUAUUCAACCAGAGCCAGCUCCAGAUGAACAGCUAGUCGCGCCAGUUGCCGCGCCGACACCAGAACCCGCCUACGAUUUCGAUCAGGACUUGGUGCCCGAGGUGGGCAACGAGUUGGAGAUUGCUGCUCCCAUUCGCGUGGCCGAGGACGAAGACAGCACUGCGUUACUAUCGCCGUCCCACAACCUGGAACUGGUGACCAGCCACGUGCCGGUGUACUUGCUCAAUGGAGAAAGUCGCGAUGUCAGCACGCCCCUGUCCAGCAGCUCAUUCAGUGCAGGGGGUUCAGAGACAUAUGCGUCGUCGAAGGAAUUAGUUUAGGAAGCCCCUCACGCAACCCAGUUCGAGUUCCAGUUGCCGAUCCAAUUCGUUUGAUCUUGGCCUGCAAUAGUAUUUGUAUUUUUUCUUUUGAAGAAACGUCUGUAAAACUGUUGAAUCACUGUAAUACUUAGGUUUAUUGUAGUUAAUUAGGACUUGUUGAACGUUAUGAUUUUUAGCUUACAUAUUUUUUGCAAUACACUUGUCCCAUUACAGUCAACGCGUACCAAAUCCCCGACAUUAUCCUUGUCAAUUUUAAGAGAUAAAACGAAAUUAUUAGUGUAAAUUGUGCGUAAAAUAAUUAUAAUCUAAACAACAUCA